AUGUCAGCGUCGUUUGGGAGUCCCUCUUCUUCCGUGCACCCUCGUGUUCACCCGUCGUCGUCGUCAAAGUCCAAUUCAACCCAUGGUGUUGUCACGACCGCGGAUCCCAAGUCAACGUCAACAACCCUUUCUUCUACUGCUUCUGCUUCGCGAAGUACUAAUAACAACUCGCCGUUGUCGUCCUCUUCCACAACUAUAUCCCCGUCGUCAUCUCACCCACAUCGUCAACCUAAAUAUCCUCAAGAUGUUGCAACUACAAAUCCAACAUCGACAACUGCUCCCCGUAACAAAAAAACUAUAACAUAUCGUCACUCAACUGGCCAAUCAGAACAAUCACGCCACGAAGUUAUCAAUCUGGACUCCGACACGGAAACGAGCAGCUCUUCUAAAAAAAAUAGCAACCCAUCUCUUUCGUCUGCAAGAAAUCGACAGAGUCUUCAGCCCCCUUACGACCCGAUCCCACGUGGUUCUACUGGCGCCUCUACAAAAUCUGCUCACCGUGCUUCCGCAUCUCCUUCUAUAGCGUCUUUAAUCGAUCCCCAACCACCCCCGCCCCAAUUGAGUACAGCGCCUACCGAAAACCCAAUUACCAAUUCACCGACAUUAGCAUAUGUUACUGGUGUCCCCGAAAAGAAUGUAAUGAAAGUUGAAAAUAUCUCCAGAUCAGCCGAUGCUGGCGAACCUUUGAACCGCUCGCCAAAAUCCAAGCCCGGGACUGCUCCUCCUUCAGCUGCACCGUCUCCGAAACCUCAUCGUGCAGUGCCCGCUUCAACAUCUGGAAACGGAUUGCUUGGAGGUGUUCUACCGGGUGCAUCGGGAAGCAAGGAAAUAGAGCCACAACUUCCAAACAUUCAUAUACAUGUCCCGCUCAAUGGUGAGAACAACAAGUAUAUCAACUUUACCAAGUUGGCAGAAGAGCGUUAUGGAUGGGCCGCUUUAAACCCAAGGCUUGCAAAAGCCAGGGAGAGAAUGAUGAGAGGGGAUAAUAGUGGAGAUGAAAUGAUGAUGGAUGGGUCAGAAUCAGAAUCGAACAUGGAGGUUGACAAACCUAUGGGAGGUGUUGAUUCUGCGGCAGAGGGAAAGAAGAUGCGAAAGAAGAGGAAGAACCAGGAUAUUUACGAUAAGAAUGACCCGUUCAUCGACGACACGGAGAUGCUGUGGGAAGAACAGGCUGCUGCAUCCAAAGAUGGGUUUUUCGUCUAUAGCGGACCGCUGGUUCCAGAAGGGGAGAAGCCUCAAAUUGAAAGGGCCGAUGGAACUGUAAAGAGGGGUAGGGGCCGCGCUCGUGGUACCACAGCCCGUGGAACUACAUCUACGCGCGGCGCAACUAUUCGGAAGCCUCGCAUGUCCAAGAAGGAUAAAGAGAAAAUGGAGAAGGAGAAGGAAGAGAGGGAGAAAUUCUCACAACUUGCUGCGAAAGCUACUGCUGGGCAAUAA